CGUCACCGGGCGCCGCCGUUAAGCGGCGGUUUGGAGUUCGGCGUGAACUGGGAGAGGGAGACGAUGGGGGCCGAUGAAGCAGCUUUAGAGUCAUUGGUAACGGGUCUGUACGACGUGCAGGCUUUCAAGUUUGGGAACUUCGUGCUGAAGAGCGGGCUUUCUUCCCCCGUGUACAUCGACCUACGGGGCAUCGUGUCUCGACCCCGUAUUCUGAGUCAGGUUGCAGAAAUUUUAUUCCAAACUGCCCAAAAUGCAGGGAUCAAUUUUGAUACUGUGUGUGGAGUACCUUAUACAGCUUUACCAUUGGCCACGGUUAUCUGUUCAACCAACCAAAUUCCAAUGCUUAUUAGAAGGAAGGAAACAAAGGAUUAUGGUACUAAGCGUCUUGUAGAAGGGGCUAUUAAUCGAGGAGAAACCUGUUUGAUCAUUGAAGAUGUUGUCACCAGUGGAUCUAGUGUUUUGGAAACUGUUGAGGUUCUUCAGAAGGAGGGCUUGAAGGUCACUGAUGCCAUAGUGCUGCUGGACAGAGAGCAAGGAGGAAAGGACAAGUUGCAGGCACAUGGGAUUCGUCUCCACUCAGUGUGUACAUUGUCCAAAAUGCUGGAGAUUCUUGAGCAACAGAAAAAAAUUGAUGCUGAGAUGGUCGAGAGAGUGAAGAGAUUUAUUCAGGAGAAUGUUUUUGUGGCAGCUAAUCAUAGCGGUUCUCUCCUUUCUGUAAAGAAAGGACCCAAAGAACUAAGCUUUGGUGCACGUGCAGAGCUGCCCGGGAUCCACCCAGUUGCAUCAAAGCUUCUCAGGCUUAUGCAAAAGAAGGAGACCAAUCUGUGCCUGUCUGCUGAUAUUUCAGAGUCCAGAGAGCUGUUGCAGCUAGCAGAUGCUUUAGGACCCAGAAUCUGCAUGCUCAAGACUCAUGUAGAUAUUUUGAAUGAUUUUACUCUGGAUGUGAUGAAGGAGUUAACCAUUCUGGCAAAGCGCCAUGAGUUUCUAAUAUUUGAAGACCGGAAAUUUGCAGAUAUAGGAAACACAGUAAAAAAGCAGUAUGAAGGUGGUGUCUUUAAAAUAGCUUCUUGGGCAGAUCUAGUAAACGCUCAUGUGGUUCCAGGCUCAGGAGUUGUGAAAGGCCUGGGAGAAGUAGGCCUGCCCCUGCACCGGGCGUGCUUACUCAUUGCAGAAAUGAGCUCUGCUGGCUCCUUGGCCACUGGGAGCUAUACUGAAGCAGCGGUGAGAAUGGCUGAAGAGCAUUCUGAAUUUGUGGUUGGUUUUAUUUCUGGCUCCCGAGUAAGCAUGAAACCAGAAUUUCUUCACUUGACUCCAGGAGUUCAGUUAGAAGCAGGAGGUGAUAAUCUCGGCCAGCAAUACAAAAGCCCACAAGAAGUGAUUGGCAAACGAGGUUCUGAUAUCAUCAUUGUGGGCCGGGGCAUAACAACAUCAGCUAAUCGUCUGGACGCAGCCGAGAUGUACAGAAAAGCUGCUUGGGAAGCUUAUUUGAGUAGACUUGCUGUUUGAGUGUCUUGGGUACAUUUUUGUGAAGGCCUUGCAGAUACAUGGUCUCCUGAGAUGCCACUGGCUUGAAGUAAUAAACAGCCUUUAAUACUGCUUGGAUUCUUCCACGGGUCCUGUGUGAAUGACUUCUGGAGUUACCACGGCACACAGGAAAUAUUCAGUGGCUGUAAUCACUGCACUGUCACUAUAAUCAGCUCAUUUUCAGGCUUUUAUUGAGACUGAUGUUGGUUCGGCAAUCCCAGCCCCGUCCUGUUAGAAUCCGCCACCUUUGAGGAAGUCCCCCAUCUCUAGAUCAGACUUUUUGAUUCUUUGAGUUGCCUUGAGACAGAAAUUUUAGGUCAUGAAGAGGCUAAAAC